CGCCGGCAACAGCGAGCGGAGACACGCGGUGGUGAAGCCUUGUGAAAUUAAAACGUUUCUGGAAAAGAAGACGCUGCUAUCUGUUCGUGUCAGCUUGCGCCGCGUAACAUAAUUUAUAUUUAUUUCUUUUUAUAAGGCCCGUUUUUCGGUGAUCGCAUUUUAAAUCUAAUUUGAAUUAGCCACGGUCCCUCCCUCGCAACGUUCCGGUGAGCGCGCGCGCGCUAUCCUUUUUAAUUUAGCGCCUAAAAGGAUUUAUUUCCUAAACGAAAAUUAACUACUGGAAGCGCGGAUGUUCCCCUGCUCAUCUGCUGCUCUUAAAGUUGCACAAUGGCUACCUCAUCACACUGCGCACUAACCCAGACCCAAAGAAACUGUAACUUGUUUAACAUAAUUAUAGGAUAGCAAUAAGCCUCAUCAGUUGGCGCACUAUACCUCUGUUUUCUUGCCUGUCCCUGAUUUGGGCCUUCAAGAAAACCUCCAAUAGUUGAUCUGUUUGUAUAUUUAUAGCGUUAUUAGCUUUACGAGGUCAUUUACAAUGGUUACGACAAUGACAACCGUGACUGCAACCGUGACUGCAAUCGUGGAAGCGACGCAGGGCCCCUUGAGGGAAUACUUAUGGCUUCUGAUCAUCGGCUUCAUCAUCGCCUUCAUCUUGGCAUUCUCGGUGGGCGCCAAUGACGUCGCCAACUCGUUUGGUACUGCGGUGGGCUCCGGGGUGGUCACCCUCAAGCAGGCUUGCAUCCUGGCCACCGUGUUCGAGACGCUGGGUUCGGUACUCCUCGGCGCCAAGGUCAGCGAAACCAUCCGCACGGGGAUCAUCGACGUGGGCACGUACAACAGCUCUGAUUCUGAACGUGUCUUGAUGGCCGGAUACAUCAGUGCCAUGUUUGGUUCUGCUGUGUGGCAGCUGGCUGCCUCCUUCCUCAAGCUACCCAUCUCCGGAACACACUGCAUUGUUGGUGCUACCAUUGGGUUUUCUUUAGUAGCCCAAGGCCAGGAGGGAGUCAGGUGGCUCCAGCUUCUCCGUAUUGUCGCGUCCUGGUUUCUGAGUCCCCUUCUGUCUGGUAUAAUGUCUGCUGUGGUUUUCUACAUUGUGCGCGUUUUUAUUUUGCACAAGAAAGACCCGGUGCCGAACGGACUGAAGGCCCUGCCCGUGUUCUACGCCAUUACAAUGGGAAUCAACCUGUUCUCCAUCAUGUUCACUGGAGCGCCGAUGCUGGGACUAGACAAGCUCCCUUGGUGGGGCGUCCUGCUCAUCUCGCUCGGCUGCGCGGUGCUGACGGCCUUGGUGGUGUGGUUCGUCGUCUGCCCGCGGCUGAAGAACAAGAUUGAACGAGAUAUAAAGUCCUCCAGCCCGUCGGAGAGCCCCCUCAUGCAGAAGAGCGAGCUGCGGGAGCCCCACUGUCCCAUUCUCAAACACACCGACAAGGACGUGCAGUCAGCCCCGACUGACGAGGAAAUCCCCGCAGUCCCGCCCCCUUCCGAGGAGCGCCGCGUGGCGUUCAACAUCGGAGACUGCGACGAGACUGAAAUCGUCAAAGAGCGCAAGGUGGCCUUUGACAUUGGGGAGUCCGAUGAAACAGAGUGUAACAAUGCAAAUGAGGUCUCCAAGCAGCACAGCAACGGCUCUGCCCAUCAGGCCCAGUUCAACAACCGGCCGGCGCAGAUCCCGAGCAACGGUUACAGUCAGUACCACACGGUCCAUAAGGACUCAGGUCUCUACAAGGACCUUUUGCACAAGCUCCACUUGGCUAAGGUUGGCGACUGCAUGGGCGAGGGCGGCGACCGACCCAUCCGCCGCAACAACAGCUACACGUCCUACACCAUGGCUAUCAUCGGUAUGCACGGCGACUUCAAGCACAAGGACGGUGAGCCCCAGGAUGGGGACAAGGCACCCGGGCAGGGCCAGGAUAGAAAGCGCAUACGCAUGGACAGCUACACCAGCUACUGCAACGCCGUGGCCGAGCACGCCACGCCCGAAGGCCUCGGCGAGGAUGAUGUAGCGUUGGAGAUGGGAAAGGAGGACGCGGCAAGCACCCAGAGCUCCCUGGACGAGGAUGGACUGGACGCGGACAAACCCGAAGUGUCCACGCUCUUCCAGUUCCUUCAAAUUCUCACCGCCUGCUUCGGUUCCUUCGCUCAUGGAGGAAAUGAUGUCAGCAACGCGAUUGGCCCGUUGGUGGCACUCUGGCUGCUUUACAGCAGCGGCAGCGUGACGUCCAACGAUGCUACACCCGUGUGGCUGCUGCUCUACGGAGGUGUGGGCAUCUGCAUGGGCCUGUGGGUGUGGGGCCGCAGAGUCAUCCAGACUAUGGGCAGGGACCUUACACCCAUUACCCCAUCAAGUGGUUUCAGCAUCGAGUUGGCAUCGGCUGUGACCGUGGUAGUGGCUUCUAACAUUGGACUGCCCGUCUCCACCACACACUGCAAGGUGGGCUCCGUGGUGGCCGUGGGCUGGCUUCGCUCCAAGAAAGCGGUUGACUGGCGUCUGUUCCGCAACAUCUUCAUGGCCUGGUUUGUCACUGUACCCAUCUCGGGUCUGAUCAGCGCUGCUAUCAUGGCCAUCUUCAUGUAUGCCUUCAAAAGCACCAUGUGAGCCUUCGGUCCCCUGCUGGGGAGAAGAGAGAGAGAAGACGACGACCGCUCCGGUGCGCAACGAGAGGAGUGCAGUUGGGUGGGGUUCACCUCAAGCCCAUGGGGAAAAGAAAAAAGCGGGGGGGGGAAUACUUGAUGUUUAGUGGGAAUUGUGAUAUAGGCCUUUUGGUUCAUGGCGGCGUCAUGCAACAGCCCACAAUAUAUUGCUUGUUUCCAGUCGGGCCUCCCAUUGAGAAAACUUGUUGCAUUUCUUUGUUCUCAUUUGCUUUUCAUGUCUUCUCAUUCUGUAAAAGGCAACAACGACUAAUACAUUCUUUUUUUCUUUUACUUUGCAGUUCUGUAAAUACAACGGUAUUGUUUUAACUACGUUUAGCAAAAAGGUAGAAAAAGAACGAAAAUGCAGUAUUAGACUUAUGCAGACCUCGGCUUUAACAUGUGCUGGAGUAGAUGCAAAGCUAUUUUUUUUUUUUUUAUAUAUGUAUGAACUGAAAACCAGAUAAUGGUUUGAGUCAGAUUCUACACGAUUGGUAUACUCCGGCAGUGAGACCAAUGUAUUCACUACAUUUAAAAAAACCAACAUUGUUGAGGGAUAGAAAAUCAUAUUUACAAAUAUUUGACUCAUGAUAUUGCUAAAGAUAGAACGAGAGGCAGGCAAAAAGCUAAUUGUGCAUCUAAUCAGCAAGAGUGUCCAUGCUUAGUGUGAUAUUUGAUCGUUUCUUGUAAGUGUGGCAUGUUCAAAGCUAUUUUUAGAAUAUGCAACAGGCCAAUAAAAACGAGGUACAGAAAGCAAUUGGCUGACUUCGCCAAAUACGUGCCCCUCGAGAACUAUCAGCGCCAGCUAUUGAAACACUGAACAAUAUCGUUACAUGAAUUGGAUGUCAAAACAAGAAUGUGCUGAAAUCCAGUUUACCUUAUCAAUCCUUUGUUACAUUUACACGCAGGUGCCCAAUUGCCUCUACAGCGGGUUUAUUUUUCCCCCCCCCUCUUUUAGCUGGCAAUUGACAAAGCACGAUUUUGCAUUUGAGAACAGACGUUGCAUUCCAUUGGUAGUUGUGUAAAUGCUCUAGUUGCCUUAAAAUGUUUCAUUUGCUCUUUAGUUACCAAAGAAUUUUCUAUUUGUUUUUUAAAUAUGAACAUACUGAGCCAUGUUAUUAAUGGAAAAAGUCAAGAAACAAUGUUAUGUCAAAGUUCAACAAUAAAAGUUGGGUUCUGAG